AUGGAGUUUGAUGUAAGUCUAAAGGUUAUUGACAAAACUCAUCAGAAAACAAAGGUUCAAUCUUGUUUUCUCGUUGAGCAACUGACAAAAGAUCUUCUCACGCAUCAGUUAACGUCAGUCAUUAGUGAACGACGGCUGAGUAAGUCAGAAAGGUCUUUCAGACAAUUCCAGUGUAAAUUUCAAGAAGAAGAAGGAAUCAUUGAUGGGCCUAACUUAGAACAAGACCUGGCCAACAGUAAUCAUUCACCGAGCAAAUCGGAUCCACCGAAGAUAUACGUGGAAGAUAAUCCUUUAGACGUAGGGCUGGAUGGGCUGCCGAGAAUUCACCGUGCGGUCUCAGAAGGAAAUGUAGAACUGCUUAAAGAGCUGAUAGAAAACGGAAACGAAGAUGUAAACAUGCCUGAUUCGGAAGGUUGGCCCCCUUUACAUACAGCUAUCAAACAAGGCAGACUUGAUUGUGCAGCGUACUUGUUGAAGAAAGGAGCGACAGAUUUUUACGAGAGACAACAGCUAGAAUACCAAAAAAGAUUGGGUGUUUCAAACGGUAUCGCGAAAUACAGGGCAAACUCGUAUAAGUAGUGCCAGAGAGUUUUGUUUUCCUGGAUAACUCUUACAGUGGUAUAUCAAUUUGUAGUAAUAAGAUUUCAAAAUGAAAAGCCGUGACGAACACGACGCAAGGGCUCGGAUGAGUUCUUAUCCACGAAAUUAUCGAAUUAAUUACGGUGUUUGAAUAUUUGCUGUCUGCAUUUCAGGCUUGCAUUUCGUUUAUACUCGUCUAGGUAUUGAUUUCUCUAUUGGUUGUAGUAUAUCCCGCAAUAUCCUUUGUAAUCUUGUCUAUUGUGAUCUUGCCAAGUUCUGAAAUGGCUACCACACCUGAAGUUGUGCACAUUUGAUUUCCAUACCGUACAAACUUUUCCACAUUUUGUAUAUAGGUCAUUUGCAAUCGGCUAACUAACUAAACAAACAGGUUUAUCUUUAGCAGGUUGUUGUCAAAUUUUAACACCUUGCACCGACCUUAAACUGUAGCUAUUAAUUGUAAUUUGACUGUGAAAUUAAACACGCUGAAGCGAGACGAGGUAUACGGGUAUGUUAACUUAGUUUUGAAAACGCAGUGUUAAGUGAUAUGCACGUUCUUGUUGUAAGAUUGCUGUUGACUACGAUAUAUCACAUUCCCUUGUAAUUAUUGCUUCUGAUUAUUUACUCUCAUAUGCAAAUAAAAGUAUACUUGGCAAAGGCAAA